AUGGCAACAACUGAGCUCCAAAAAUCAAGUUCUAAUCAUGAUGACCAAGUUCAAACGUCAAGUUCUGGCGGAACUGUGAUGGGCUUAACACUUGCUGCUUGGGGAUGGCUAUCAAACUUGAUAGUGUAUCUUAUAGAAGAAUUUAAUGUGAACAGUGUUGAUGCUGCUCAGAUUUCUAAUGUUGUCAAUGGUUGCACCAACCUGUUCUCUAUCGUCGUGGCAAUCGUUGCAGACUCUUUCUUUGGCUGCUUCUUUGUUAUCUUCAUCUCUUCUUGUAUCAACUUGCUCGGAGUGAUUCUUUUUGCCUUGACUGCGAUGCUCGAUUGCUUAAGGCCACCUCGAUGUGAGAAAGGGUCACUGGGUCUGGGAUUGUGCAAAUCACCAUCAAGAGUUCAGUUUGUGGUGCUCUACUCUGGCUUGGCUCUGUUAUCAGUUGGAGCAGGAUGUACUCGCUUUACCUUAGCUACAGUAGGUGCAAAUCAGUUCGAAAAACAAGACGGUAGAGAUAUUUUCUUCAACUGGUACUUCUUCAUCAUGUACAUGUCGGCUGUGAUAGCUUCAACAGCCAUUGUGUAUGUUGAGGACAAUAUUAGUUGGGAAUUGGGUUUUGGGAUAUGUAUUCUUGUUAGUUUGAUUGGUGUGGCCAUUUUCUUGUCCGGAAAGCGUUUCUAUCUUCGCGAUAAGCCACUUGGUAGUCCAUUCCUGGAUUUCGCUCGCGUAGUUGUCGCUUGUUUUCGGAAGAGGAAAGUUCUGAUCUCAUCUAGAAGUGAGGAUUACUACUACGGCCAUGAUGGAAAUGCAAAAAUAGUGGCUACAAUACCAGCAAAGAACUUCAGGGUUCUGAACAGAGCGGCUCUAAAAACUGAAGGAGACCUAAAACCAGAUGGCUCGGUUGCAAAACCGUGGCGGUUGUGCACAGUACAACAAGUAGAAGAUGUAAAAGCUCUCAUAAGAAUUCUGCCACUGUGGUCAUCCAGUAUAUUUUUGAGUACUCCAAUAGCAGUCCAACGCAGCUUAACAGUCCUCCAAGCUCUAACCAUGGAUCGCCACCUCGGUUCAAACUUCAAAAUCCCAGCAGGUUCUUUCCAAGUACUAGUCUUCAUAUCAAGUUCCAUUUUUGUCAUACUAGUUGAUCGUUUCCUGUAUCCCAUGUGGCGGAAGUUGACCAGUCAAUCCCCGACUCCUUUCCAACGAAUCGGAGUAGGCCACGCGAUGAACGUGCUUUCCAUGGCGAUCUCAGCACUUGUUAAGUCAAAGCGUCUCAAGGUAGCUCAUAAUUAUGGUUCGAAUUUGGCGCCCACGUUGGCUUUAUGGCUAUUUCCACAGCUGGUUUUCGUUGGAGUUGGAGAAGCAUUUCAUUUUCCUGGCCAAGUUGGUUUCUACUAUCAAGAAUUCCCUGCGUCACUUAAAAGCACAGCAACUGCUAUGGUGUCAAUUGUAAUUGCCAUAGCUUACUACUUAAGCUCGGCUCUAAUCGAUCUCGUUCGGAGGAUUACCGGAUGGUUAUCGGAUGAUAUAAACAAAGGGAGGCUUGAUAGUGUGUAUUGGGCGUUAGUCGUGUUAGGUGUGCUAAAUUUUGGUUAUUUUCUAGUAUGUUAGACCUUCUAUAAGUAUCAAAAUAAUGUUGACAACGGAAGGGACAAAAAUUCUGUCUCUGACAUGUAA